AUGGCUAAAUUAUUACUAUACCUACCCUUUUUAAUAAUAUACCCUGUUAUUCACAAUUCCCUUUCUAUCACAGUUUUAGAUAAUAAGACGAACUUCAAAUCAUAUUCGGAAAAUUUUAACAAUAAAAGGUGUAAAGAGUUAGUGAACGCAACAAAAUCAAAGGCUAAAAAUUUCUCUAGUAGUAUCAUAAAUGAGUUUCGGACUCAUCCAGUUUCCUUUGCUGUAACCGGGGCAUCGUUAUGUAUUUCAACAGCCUUUUGGACGAAAUGUAUAGAUUUUUCGGAGAUACCUCUAGGAAGGCCUCCAAAUAAUUUAUCCGAGUCCAUGAAGAAUAUCAUGAACCUUUUUCUAAUUAGAAGAUUCGAUGGUCAUGCCCUACUGAAUUUACUCACUCUUUACAAGACCAUGAGAGACAUGGAGUCUCAACUUGGUUCUACACCUACUAUGCAGGUUUUUUGGUUGAGCGCUCUUUUUGCUUUUGUAUCUUCUAUUUUUUUUGAUUACAAUUUUGAUUUUAAUUUCUUUUCUCGUUCUUUAAUCAGCACUUCUUGUUUUAAUAACCUUGAUGAAGAGGUUCUGUUCUUUGGUCUUUUAGAAACAAAGAGAAAGCAUCUACUCCUUUGGUUGUUACUUUCCGAUUACUUACUCACAUUUGAUUUUCGGGAGUUUAUCGGUGGAUUAUCUGCUAUUGUUCACGGAGGAGUUUCGCUACUAUUUUAUAAACUUUUAAACAAAGUAUGA